AGCCCCGCCCCGGGGGAACGUUUUGAAGCCUGUUUCGGAUUGCUACAGUAGUCUCGCUCGCUUCCAUGCGAUUUCCUGCUGCCGUUUGGGGGAGGACGGGUUCCCGCGGUCGCCUUUCCCCUCCCCGCAGGGGGAGGGGGGCUGGAUUUUUUCCCCCCUCUAGUGUUUAUUUUUUGCCCCCCUAACUAACCCUGGCUGGGGCAGCUCGAGCCCCCCCCCUAACCUGAGCCCGGGCAUCAAGCGCUGGACUUCAGCUCUCCACCCCCCCCUCCCCGCUCCGAUCCUUGGGCAUGCUGCUCUGCAGAGGGGGUUGAGGGAGCUUUUUCUCAGCACCGCCGACACCCCCCCCCCCAAAGCGAACAACCGGAGAGGAUAUUCACCCGCCUCCUUCCAGGGUGUGUGCGGAGGCAGCGGCGGCGGAGGGGGGGGGGCCUCGGCGGCGGCGUUAAGGGGUCCCCUCUCUGCCUGCCUUGCAUUGCGGCUGCUGUCACUCCCAGGAAAAAGGUCUUGCCCUCUUCCUCGAUCCCGUCUUGCAUCGCCUUGGUUUCUCCGUGGCAAGAGGAGAUAUUUUAAUCUUUUAAAAAAGACAAACCUGCUGGGGUUUCUGCUACUUGAUCUCGCGUGCUGGCGACUUUUUACUUACCUAGGAGGGGGAAAAAUAGUCUUGCAGCUUGAGCUCGGAGGAAACAGUUGCGCCUUAAAAAAAAAAAAAAAAAUCGCUUUCCCUACAUCUUUUUCCCCCCAAUGAUUUUUUAAUUAUUUUUAUUCGGGGUUUGCCUUUUCCUGACCGCAGCAUCCACCAAGCUGGAGGAGCAUUAUGGAGCUGGAGAACAUUGUAGCCAAUACAGUCUUGCUGAAAGCCAGAGAAGGAGGUGGAGGAAAGCGGAAAGGGAGGAGUAAGAAGUGGAGAGAGAUCCUGAGGUUUCCACACAUCAGCCAGUGCGAUGACCUUCGGAAAGGCUUGGAGCGGGAUUACAGCAGCUUGUGUGACAAGCAACCCAUUGGAAGGCAGCUAUUCCGCCAGUUCUGCGAGACCCGGCUUGAGCUCCUACGAUGCAUCCACUUCCUGGACGCUGUGGCAGAGUAUGAAGUCUCCCCGGAUGAGAAGCGCAAGGAGAUGGGAGAAGAGAUCAUCCGCGGGUUCUUCAACAGAAGUGAGUCCCUGGGCUACAUGGCAGAGAUCAGCGAGUCCCUCAUGAGCGAGUGCAUCGAGAACCUGCAGAGGAGCCCCUGCAAAGAUCUCUUCAGCCAUUGCGUGCACCGUCUGCACGGGUACCUGAGCGGAGUCCCCUUCACAAACUACCAGGACAGCAUGUAUUUUGACCGAUUCCUCCAAUGGAAAUACCUGGAGAGACAAUCAGUGACCAAAGACACUUUCAGGCAAUACCGGAUCCUGGGCAAAGGAGGCUUCGGCGAGGUUUGUGCAUGCCAGGUGCGAGCCACAGGGAAGAUGUAUGCCUGCAAGAAGCUGGAAAAGAAGCGUAUCAAGAAACGGAAAGGGGAGGCCAUGGCUCUGAAUGAGAAGCAGAUCCUGGAGAAGGUCAACAGUCGGUUUGUGGUCAGCUUGGCCUAUGCCUACGAGACCAAGGAUGCCCUCUGCCUGGUCCUCACCAUCAUGAACGGCGGUGACUUGAAAUUCCACAUCUACAACAUGGGCAACACUGGGUUUGACAACGAACGGGUUACCUUCUACGCUGCAGAGAUCUGCUGUGGCCUCGAGCAUUUGCACCAGGAAGGCAUUGUGUACAGGGACCUGAAGCCAGAGAACAUCCUUCUCGAUGAUGAUGGUCACAUCCGGAUCUCAGAUCUUGGCUUGGCCAUCAAGAUUCUAGAGGGGGAUACCAUACGUGGCCGUGUAGGAACCGUUGGCUAUAUGGCCCCGGAAGUGAUUAACAACGAGCGCUACUCCUUCAGCCCGGACUGGUGGGGAUUGGGCUGCCUCGUCUUUGAGAUGAUCGAGGGCCAGUCACCAUUUCGCGCCCGCAAGGAGCGGGUGAAGCGGGAGGAGGUGGAGAAGCGGGUGCAAGAGGACCAGGAGCAGUACUCGGAGAAGUUCUCUGAAGACGCCAAAGCCAUCUGCAAGGCGCUCCUGACCAAAGAUCCCAAGCAGCGGCUUGGGUGCAAGGCAGAUGGGGCGGUCCAAGUGAAGCUGCACCCUUUCUUCAAGACUAUCAACUUCAAGCGCCUGGAAGCUGGGAUCAUGAAACCCUCGUUUGUGCCAGAUCCUCGGGCCGUGUACUGCAAAGACGUGCUGGACAUUGAACAAUUCUCCACCGUAAAAGGGGUCAACUUGGACCAAACGGACAAUGACUUCUAUGCCAAAUUUGCCACAGGCAGCGUCCCCAUCCCUUGGCAGAACGAGAUGAUUGAGACGGAGUGCUUUAAAGACCUGAACCUCUUUGGACCAAACGGCACCCGCUCCCCAGACCUGGACUGGAAGCAGCUCCCUGACCCACCAAAGCGCAGUCUGCUGCAGAGGCUCUUCCGACGCAACCCCAGUGACUUCACCAUCAGCACCAAUGCACACUCCAACCUGCCAGCAGCGCCCUCACCGGCCCGGCCCACGGCCCAGGCGCCCUCCUGACCCCCGGCCUGGAGGCCCCCUGGCACCACCACUUUGGUCUUUUUGCCUUCUCAGGGUCACCUUAGGCACGAAGCUGAAACUGGGACAUCGCCGUCUGGUUGGCUCCCUUACUGGCUAGGAGCUGGGAGGUGCCGCCUUCAGAUCUGCAGGACCGAUGGGGCAGCCAGAAAACCCUCACUGCCUCCAAGUGUUGACCUGGAUCGUGGCCAUCAGGGUGGUCAUUUGAGUCAGUGACCAAGAGGCUCCUGGAGUUGCUCUCUGCCAGGACCGUCCGUCCUUUUACACACUUCGAUCAUACUGUGACCUCCGUGGCCACCCCUAUUUUCUGCCUCUUCUGCAAGGCCACCCAAGCAUGGACUUUUCAUGGGAUUGGCGGCGGAGCCUGUGGUUGUGGCAGCCAGUGGUGUCUUCCUUGAAGAUGUCUCAGAGCUGGCCACUAGAGCCUAAAACACUGGGGAGGGGGUGAAGAAGCUCCGCUCGCUCAGGGCCAGUGCGGUCUUGAGCACCACAGGUGUCCUGCCGGCUGUCAAUCUAGCAGCCAUUUACCAUGGAACUGAGACUAGGAAUGCCCAGAGAGGCACACUUAUAAGUGUGUGUGUGUGUGUGUGUGUGUGUGUGUGUGUGUGUGUGUGUGCGCGUGUGUGAGAGAGAGAGACUGAGGUGUGCGCGUGCGUGGAUAUGAAAAGAUCAGUUUCUCUUCGCUCAUGCAGGGUUUUUCAAAAUACUCGAAACAACCAUAGUACCUUGGAAAGAAAAGGAGACCCUAGAGCUGUUCCAGGCCAGGAUAGUGGAGGACAGAACUGAGAGUUGAAGCAUUUGGGAGCGAAGUCCAGCUCUCGUGUGGAGGCACCAGUGGAAGUAUUGAGCAAAGAAAGGGGCGGGAAAAGGUCAGAGGGAGCGGAGGACUGAGAGUAGUCAUGGAUUGCACAUUGGAACUGUGAAGUGUGUCACAGGCUUGCCGUUUUGUCGGAUCCAGAAUCCCUCUUUAUCGCUGAUCUGCAGUGUGGAACCCGUUCUUUAAUUUUCCGCGUAUCUAUUAUUUGCACCUGUACUCGAUGUGUUGCUCUCGAUCUGUCUGCUCCGUUUCCUUCUUUCAUUGCCCUUUCUUUCCAUCUCUUUGCUUUCGCCCCUUUCCAUUCUCUGUCUUCCUCUCAGAAAAGGAGGCAGUGCCUGUGUUCCCCCCAAAACCAGGACCUCACCAAGUUCCAAUGAUGAUAAACGUUGAUCCCCAGAUGUUGGAGAUGUGGCCAUUGUGGCUAAGGAUGGCGGGAGUUAUAGUCUGGCCACAUCUGGGGACCCAAGGUGGAGAACCCCUGCUAUAGUGGAUGACCGCCAGACUAAAUUACUCUCAAGUAGUCCCAUUAAAAUCAAAUAACCCUUUAAAGUAACCCUUGAGUAGUACUGUUGAGAAACUGAGUCUGGAUGUAGGGAUAUGCAAACCUUAAAGAGAAAAACCUUAAAGAUGCAUAAACUUCAAAAAUCACUUAAAAAUCAUCCCUUUGCCCAAUUCUUUUGAAAUGAUUCUGGUAGCUUCCUUGCCCUCCUCUUGGGAACUACCACCCACCACACUCCGCUCUAGGCCACCCCUCCCCCCCGACGUGAAGCUAUUCAUUUUCAGGAAUCCUCAUUAUUUCCUAUGAGGAAUUCAAAAAUACUUUAAAAAUUCACCAAUAAUCGGAGGAGUGUCCGAUUGCCUUGGGGUUUUGUGGGUGGUAGGCACCCCUGGGUGCCUAUCAUUCACCCCACUUUUGUGCCCCUAGGUGCUCCACAAUAGGGGAUAAUGGCCUGUUUUGAAUCCCAUUAUACCCUAUGAGAAUUUUUUUAAAAAAAUAAAAAUAAAUAAAUUGUAAAAAAUCAUACGAGUGUCCAAUUGCAUUGGGGGUUGGGUUGUAGGCACCCAUGGGUGCUCCACAAUAGGGAAUAAUGGGCUGGUUCGAGUCCCAUUAUACUCUAUGAGAAUUUUUUUUAAAAAAAUUCAAAAAUUCAUAAAAAAUAAUACGCGUGUCCGAUUGCCUUGGGGGUUGGGUGGUAGGCACCCAUGGGUGCCAACUACCACUCCACCCACUUUGGGAGGUCUGAACUGGUCAGAACCAGUUUGAAUUCAAACCAAACCAGGGGGGCUUUGAGCAGAACCAGAACCGAACCUCCCUCUCCCAGUUCGAACCCGGUUUGAAUUUGAACCAAACCGGACAAAACGGUUUUGUGCACAUCCCUAUCUGGAUGCCAGCCACUGGCUACAGGUUCUCAGAUGAUUCUGUGUACAGCCCAACAGCCCAAUCCUAGUCAUGAUCCCGAAGACAGGAGUUCCCAACCUGUGGCACUCCAGAUGUUCCUAAACUACAAGUCCCAUGAUCCCCAGCCACAAUAAAUUAUAAUUGAGGGUGGUGGGACUUGUAGUUCAGCUAGACCAUGCUGGCUACAUAGUCUGUCAAACCUUGAUGCUCUGCUGCCACAGAAUCCCAAGGAGUGUUGAACAUCUGUCCUUCAGUGCCCCCAAAAGUCCAGGAUAGGGCCCACAAAGAGGCCUGGUUCACAUAAUUGUUUAAAUGCAGGUUUAAUGUGGGUUCCUGGCGUGAUUGUGUGAACCCACACCAUGGUAGUUUAUGGCCCAAGAUGAAUCUGAGAUCCCCACCUUGGCGUGGAUUCACACAAUCAUGCUCAUAUUGGUGACCCACAUUAAACCUAGAUUUGAGCGAUUGUGUGAACCCAGCCGGAUUGUACUGUUUGUGCCCAUGGUCAAGCCUGGGCCAAUAGCCACAGUCUUUGCUUUCCGAAAUAGUUUGCAAAGUGACUGGGUCCCAUGAAUUGUGCUGAAGGCCAACCCUCUUUUGAAAGGCCGGGGAAGAUGGAUCUAUUUUUACCCUGAGCUGCUCUUCUUAUCUUAUCGUGGCCUGUGGCCUGACCUGCAGUGGGAAGGGCCUGCUCUAAACCCAGAGUUUUAUCUCUUUGAAUUGUCACAGAGAAACAGAUCUGGCCUUGGGGCAGGAAGGGCUAGGUGGAUCCCUGCUGGGCCUUGCUAGGGCUUCUUCAGGCCAGCUUCCCAGAAGUUAGCCCUGAGCACAGCACUCUCUCUCUCUCUGCCCUUUCAUAGUCAUUGCUCCCAGCCGUAAAAAGGAAAUUGCCGAGCAAUUUCAGCCGCACUAAAUGGACUGGGUGCUUAGUCUGUGAAAAAUCCCCAUCCGAAUCUGCUCCACCCUCCCACACAUUGGCAUUAUAAGGCUUUGAUAAUGCAGUCUCUUAUAAGGCAUUAUAAGAGACUGCAUUGGGAGCCUGGCUAGAGCAGGUGUGGUGUAGUGGCAAAGGGAAUGAGUGGUGAGUUCAGGCCCCGGGUUCGAAUUUUGCUCCUGCUGCAAACUCACUCAGUAGUCAGAAGCCAACGUCAGCCUCCAUCGCCCCUUGCAGUAUGGGAAUUGUCAUACAACUGCGCUGCAAAGCUUUGGCCCUCCGACAGAUGUUCCCCCGACGGCUGGGGAAGAUGGGAGUUUAGUCCAAAUCCUGCUGGAGGACCAAAGUUGUGCAGCCCUGCUCUACAGAGUUGUUGUAAGGAUUACAAAAUAGUAUCGGGCUUGUGAAGCACUUUGAUUACUUCACAUCCGCGAUACAAAUGCAAAGUAGUCUUAUUCUUGCUCCACUCUUAAAUUAAGGAGCAUGCUAUAUUCCAGGGCUAUUGGCAAGGCUUAAAACUCAGAACCUAUUCUCUUAAAAAUAAAAAAUAAAGUAAUCCAACACUGCCUCCGCCUCCGCCUCUCAGAAUGCCAAUGUUCUGAGAACCCAAACCUAUAAUAGAUUUUAAGGUUGCACUCUGCAGUUGUAAGCAGCGUUUCCUCUGACAGGGAUUCCCAGAUAUUGUUGACUACAACUGCCAUAAUCCCCAAGCAAAAGCUAUUGCAACAGGGGAUUCUGGGAGUUGUAGCCAACAGCAUCUGGGAAUCCCUGCUAGAGAGAACACUGGUUGUAAGCACCUUUACUAGGAAGUAAGCCCAGUUGCACUCAAUGGGGUUCAUUUGGGGAGGAGAGCUGGUCUUGUGGUCGCGAGUGUGAAUGCUAAGCAGGGUCCACCUUGGUUUCCCUUUGGAUGGAUGACUCACAUGUGAGCACUGUAAGCUAUUCCCUUGAGGGGAUGGGGCCAUAGCACAGUGGAAGAGCAUCUGCAGGAGGUCCCAGGUGCAAUGCCUGGCAGCAUCUCCAGGUAGGGCUGGGAGAGACUCCUGCCUGAACCCUUGGAGAGCUGCUGCCAGUCAGUGAAGGCAAUACUAAGCUAAAUGGUCUGACUCACUAUAUGGCAGCAUCCCAUGUUCCCAGAUUUACUUCUGAGUUGCUCAUAGUUGUGCUUUCGCAUGGCUUCUGCCACUGAUCUCCAUGCAGGAAAAAUGCUGGGCAUGAAAAUACCUGAAAAGCAUACGGGGGGACGGGGACGGGGACUCAGAUGUGAUUUGGCAACAGGAGCUUGAUUUAAAAUACAUAGUUGAGCUCUGUGCUGUGAAAAACAGUCAUGACUUAUUUCUGUAGCUCAAACCAGCUGAAGCAAGUGCUCCUGACCUUUAGUUCCCAGAUGAUGUUGGACUACAGUUCCUAUCAUCCCCAGCCGCAAUGGUCUUUGUUGCGUGGAUGAUGGGAAUGGUAGUCCAACAGCCUCUGGGGACCUGAGGUCAAGAACUCCUGUGUUAAAGGGAUAAGAGAAAGCCAGGCUGGUUUCCUUCCAGCCUCAGCUCAGCUUGUGCCACAAAGGAAAGGCGGGGAAUCUGAAAAGGGAUUCUAGGUGAUGCCAAACAGCAAGUGUUUCUGUGCAAAGAGGUCCUCCGGUCCUCCCUUGUGUCUGUGGUCUUCUAAAGUGACUGGCAAGAGGAGGGAAAGUAGGGAUGCAAGGUUCUCAGCUCCAUUGCUUCAGUCGUGGCCUUUUGUGAGCCCAGGUUCCCACAGGACCUCUGCUACCGUGUUUCCACGAAAAUAAGACAGUGUCUUAUAUUAAUUUUAGCCCCCCAAAAUGCACUAGGGCAAUUAGUGGUACAUCAGAAAUUACUGCUAGGUCUUACUUUCGGGGAAACAGGGUAAGUGGGCAAAGUGGCACCUUUUAAAAGUAGCGAUUCUCUCUUGUUUAGCAAUUGUCCUCCAGUGGCUGUUUUCCUUUUGAGGCCACAAGCUCCUUUUGGACCGGGAGCCAGUUUCUCAUUCCAUCGUGCACCCUUUUUUGUGUUGGAAAGUGGUAUAUAAAUAUUCUCAAUCAUAAUCAUGUUUGUGCACAGUGAUCUUCUAGCAUUUAAUGCUUUACCAAGCCGGCCCUGCCCCGAAACACCACACUUUGAAGCAGCAAGGGUUCUUGGCCUUUUCCCUCCUUGUGCCCCGUCAUUAAGAUUUUUUAAGACUGGCAUUCGGCACACAUUUCUUUGGUGUGGAAAAAUGCGUCCUAGAGCAGGGCUUUGCUGAUUUAUGUGGCUGGUUGGAGCCUGAGCAAAAGGUAGGGAGCCAUUUCCCUGGAACGCUUGAGGCAGUAAUUCCACAGCUGCUGUGGCAAUUUAAGGCCAGCCCUAAACAGACGGUUCCACCAUAAAGAUUGCAUUGAAAUUAAAGGCAGUGGCUGAUCUAGUGUAAGAAGGCCGCUGCAGUGAAAACAAAGUAAUUGCCAAAUUAGGCCAUGAGCCAGUCCCAUCAAUUUUGGCCUUCAGUGUCGUCUCGGGAUAAAUGCUCAUAGGGAUUUUUGGCAACGUCUUCCCAGAGGUGCACCUAGGUAAUUUUGGAGCCUGGACCUAAAGGCCUUUGGAGCCCCACCAGUAAGAGGGAAUCCGAGGUGUUGUUGACUACAACUACCAGCAUUCCCAGCCAAAGGCCAUUGCAGCUGAGGAUCCUGGGAGUUGUAGUCAACAACAUCUGGGAUUAACACUGGGCCCCACCCACCCCCCUGCUGCAAGUUAGGCAUCAUCCCCCUACACACACACACCAUGUGACAUACUCUCAGUAUUUUUAACCCAUGGGUUCUUGAGGGCACAAAAAGCAACUGAACUCACAAGAAUGUAAGAAUAUAAAAUACGUCUAUUUAUGCAAAGAUGCAUGAGCAGAAACAUUUCAACACGCAACUUAACAUAUCCCCAGCCCACACAUUUCUUUCUACACUCCCUCCCUGUCUCUAAAGCAGCCGGUGCAAGUCUCAAUCGCACUCGGCUGCCUGACACAGUGCAGGCUGGUGGCAUGGCAUGGUGACCAGUGUCCCCUCUAACAGGGAUUCCCAGAUGCUGUUGACUACAACUCCCAGAAUCCCCAGCUGCAGUGGCUUUUGCUUGGGGAUUCUGGGAGUUGUAGUCAACAACAUCUGGGAAUCCCUGUUAGAGGGCACACUGACGGUGUCGACACCACUCAGAACAGACCAAAGAGGGUUGGGGGCCCCCCAGGGGGUGUGGAGACCCUGAAGUCCAGGGGUAAGAGUGCCUCUGCACGCACACACGCACACACACACACACACACACACACACACACACACACACACACACCCAACAAUCAGGGUAAAAUUGCAGUCAUUUUUGCACAGAGCAAAGAGCACCGAGUAAACAAUGAAUAAAUGAUUGUACUUGCUCCUUGCCUUUAGGGGGCAUUCCUGCCAAUGUUUAUUUCCAUUCCUCUGACAACAUCGAUAAAAUUUUAAAAACAUUUUAGAAGUGUUUAAAACACCAUUGCAAAUUUGGCCAAUGCAGGUCCGAAGAUCAGGACAAUAAAAGCACCAGAACAUGCUGAAAGCGGGAAGUCCCGCUGUGCCAUCAUCACCUCUUUCCCACCUCUCGGAGUGUAGACCUCGUCAAAAAAAUCACAGUGAGCAUGCUCUAAACUGUACACUUGCACAAACAUCCCAUUUAAAACAGGCAUGCCACAGAGUGUGCAACGGUUGUGCCAACGCAAGCAUGCUUGUAUUGCAACACUAGUCUGGAAUGCAAACUCCAAAUGUAGGGCACCUGCCUAGCACAGCAGCCUUCCACUCGUGCCUGGUCAUUGCACACUGCACAAGCACUCAGGAUGUCAGCCACUGCUUUGGUAAUGUGAUAGAUUAGGUGUAGCUUAAGGUGGGGGGCUAACCUGCCAUCUUUGGUGGAUUUCCCCUCCUUUGUUGAGCCUGGAAGGAUUGUGGACAUGAUGAAGCAGUUUUCAGUACCGAAGUUCCAGGUUAUUGGGUUGGCUUUGAGGGAGCUCCUCUGCCAUAAAGAGCUGUGUGUUAAAGGGCGGAUUCCAGCGAGUGCAGCUUUUCUCAUCACAGAAACACAGGAAGGGGGAAAGCCUCCGUAAAUAACUUUCUUCCAGCUACAUAUCUCUUGAAGGUUCAGGAGCCCUCUCCAGGUUCUCCGGGCCAGUAACGCAAUUUACCGGAGGGGUUCUCAAACUUGAGUUCCCAGAUGUCGCUGACUACAAGUUCCAUCCUCCCCAAACAUUAUGGCCAAAGGUCACUAGGGUUGGGGAUGACGGGAGCUGUAGUCCGAGCAGUGGUGUAACAAGGGGCACAAUCCAAAACAUGGCUUGCCCUUCACUAGCUGCCUGGAUCAGGGCCACGCUGGCACGGAGUGGGGGUCGGAAAGUCUAGGGAGGCUGUGGGGAGGGUUAAGUGUGAUGGUCCAUGGGCACCUGGGUGUACUGCACACCUUGUUCAAUGGUUCAGUGGUGGCUUGGAAUACUGAGUCCAAGAACAUCUGGGGACCUACAUUUGAGGACACCGACAUAAAUGCAAAUAGACUUUUGCAAUGCAGUUGCUAUGGAUUGACAAUGCUCCAUACUCACGCCCCUUCUCCCCAGUAGCAGCAAAAAUGAACCCAGGUGGACUAUCUUUGAAUAAUAAGCCUAUGAUUUUUAAUCUGGCGCCCUCACAUGUGCACAGAAGCGCAUCCUUGCUUUACAUGUUAAUUCAUUCAGAACUGCCGCCCCUCGCUUUAUGCAGACAUAAUUCAAGUGGCUCUGGCUGCAAAUUGAAGCAGGUGGUGGAAGAACCUCUAAUGAAGAUCUUCCUGCUUACUUGAGAUUUCCUUCUCUACAUUCGUAAUAGGAAACCUUGUGAUUCUUUAGUUUCAGAUUCAGAUUUCCAACUCUGCAUUCCUAAUAAGAAACCUUGUGAUUCCUUAGUUGUGUUUCAUCCUCUGGACUCUUGACAGCAUCGAGAGUUUCCCCCGAAGGAACCCCGAAGAAAUUUUCAGAUUUGCAGUCUUAUCAGCUGCAGUCGCUGGUGGUGGGAAAACCCAGCUGACCAUCACCUCCAUAGGGCAAUCAAACACUUCUAAAUGCGUCAACAGUUGGCCACCAAGGUCCAAGUGGUAUCCUUAAGAAUCGUUUUGCAAAAGACUUUGGAUCACUGGACAAAACACCAGACAUCUUCAGACAUGUCAGCUAUAAUCCUUCCUAGGCCAACCACUGCCAAUUUUUCCCCCUGGUGAGGAUUUUUUUUUUAAAGCCUUCAGUUGAGAUUUUCAGCCAAAUAGGAAAAAAGAGAGCCCCUUUUGGGUUUUCUGAAAGUCUAAAACAGAGCUUGUGGCUGCAGAAAGGAAUAUAGAAAUAGGAAGUAUGUUUCAAAGGAAUACAAAUGACAGUUUGGGGAUGUUUCAUCAUAUCCUCCUGGCCUUCUCGGUCCAUUGUGUGAUCCUGUUAUAUGUCAAAUAGGUCGUCUUUUCCCCCUCCAUGGAGAAAACCUCUGUCUUGUUGGUCUGGUGCUUCUACACUAGGCCGUACUCCAUCUUAUAAAAGGGCACCUCUAUUUUUGUAUUCCCUCCCCCUUUCUUUUUGCAUCCAUGUAUUUGGGGUUGGUUUGUUGCUAGAUUAUAUUGUUUUUUUAACUACACUGUUAAUUUCUGAUUCUGGUGCAUUUUGGUUUACAUUUUGGGUUUGAUUUUGUACAUUUGUAAAUAUUGUGUGUCAAAUGCCUGGAUGUACAUUUUUAAGCUUUAAAAGCUGCAAGCCAAGCCAUGUGGUAAUAUUACCCAGAUGUGUCAGGGAUUUUUUUAGUGGGGGGGAUGUUGGGAGGGGGAGAAAAAUAUGAUUCAGCUUCUCUCAGCAAAGAGUGGCUGUCACUUUAUUCCAAUCAAGGGAAGGAGGGGGAAGGAAACAACCUCAAUCACCUGGGUUUUUCAUCCCUGAUUUUAAACAUUAAUUACAGGACUAUAUAUAGUUAGGUCCUCUCCCUUGUUACUUAUUCCCAGGGCUGUGUGUAAUCUGCACUGAAAAGAAAUAAAAAUUCUGCACCAAUGAAAA